UCCUGUCCCCUCUUCCUCUCUGUCCCUCGCCAAGUCGUCCCCUCCUCAUCUCUUCCCAGCCCUCUCACUGGCUUGCUCCUGCUCCCUCUCUCCGGCCCUCUGUCCCAGUCUCGGCCCAGCCGCCCCCUCCCUGCUCCCUCAGUCUCACCGACUCCCCUUCUCCUCCCUCGGUCUGGCUCCCUUGCCCCAUCCAGUCCCCACCCUGUCCCCUUUGUGCCCCUUCCUCUCUUGUUCUCUCUCCUUCCCUGGCUUGGCGUCCCUUCCCCACUUCUAACCCCCUUCCGCUCGGCCUCCCUGAACCUUCAUGGCCACCAUGCUGACCCCAAUGGUGGCUGGGGGGGUGGUGUUCCCCGGACUCUUCCUCCUCUCCAAGAACACGCUCCAGCGGCUGCCCCAGCUGCGCUGGGAGGAGGCCGACGCGGUCAUUGUCUCUGCCAGGCUAGUGUCCUCUGUCCAAGCCAUCAUGGCCUCCACAGCUGGCUACAUUGUCUCCACCUCCUGCAAGCACAUCAUUGAUGACCAACACUGGCUUUCCUCUGCCUACACGCAAUUUGCUGUGCCCUACUUCAUCUAUGACAUCUACGCCAUGUUCCUCUGUCACUGGCACAAGCACCAGGUCAAAGGGCACGGAGGGGACGAUGGAGCGGCCAGAGCCCCGGGCAGCACCUGGGCUGUGGUGCGUGGCUACCUGCACAAGGAGUUCCUCAUGGUGCUCCACCACGCCGUCAUGGUGCUGGUGUGCUUCCCGCUGUCGGUGGUGUGGCGACAGGGCAAGGGGGAUUUCUUUCUGGGCUGCAUGUUGAUGGCAGAGGUCAGCACCCCCUUCGUCUGCCUUGGCAAGAUCCUUAUCCAGUACAAGCAGCAGCACACGCUGCUGCACAAGGUCAACGGGGCCCUGAUGCUGCUCAGCUUCCUGUGCUGCCGGGUGCUGCUCUUCCCCUACCUGUACUGGGCCUACGGGCGGCACGCGGGCCUGCCCCUGCUGGCCGUGCCCUUGGCCAUCCCGGCACACGUCAACCUGGGCGCUGCGCUGCUCCUGGCUCCCCAGCUCUACUGGUUCUUCCUCAUCUGCCGCGGGGCCUGCCGCCUCUUCCAGCCCCGCUCCCCGCCGCCCUCCCCCUUCCAGGCCCAGGACUGAGGGGCCCUGGGGCCCUGCCCCUCCCCACCCCACCACCCUGGGGACAGGGCUGUGGGGCUGACGGGUGGGAGUGGCAGCCAGGGGCCCUCGCUGGACAGCCCCAGGACACGGGUGGACCAGAAAGGGGAGGGGCCCUCCCUCAGGGGCCAAUGGCAGGGAGAGGGGGGACCUCUUCUCCCCACAGCGCCUGAGCCCAGACUGGCGACCCCUCCCUGUAUACCUUUCACUGGAGCAGGGCAGGGGACACCACCUCCCGCCUGCCGAGGGCUGGAAGGCUCGUGGGGAGACAAGGAUUCAAGGGGACCAGGAGUCAGGACAUAGGGGAAGCCCCGCUGCCAAGGACAUCCCUGCCCCUUGCUGCAACCCCCCUGGGCUCCCUGUCACUUGAGAGAGAGGACACCCUUAAUUACCCCCCACCAGGGGCCGGCACCCCCAGAGCUCCUCUCCGGGGCAGGCCAGGCUGAGGAAUCUUAUUUAUUUUAUUUAUUUGCCCAAAUUCAGACUAGUCUGUUGGGGUGGGAGGAGGGGGGCGCUGCUACCCCCCAAACCUCAGCGCUGAGCAGCCCUGGGGCAGGUGAGGGCCGCCCAGUCCUUUCCCAUUAGGCUGCACAGCUUGCCCUCAGGCCCUGGCAUGUCCCUGGUGCUACAGACCUCUCAAGGCUUCCUCCAAUCUGGGGUCGGGGGACCUGGGAGGUGCUUACAGACCGCUAAUAAAGACGAUCUGUGUGAACGCCA